ACUGAUUUUCAGCCACGCUUUCAUAAGAAAAAUCUGGAAUUCUUAUUUCAGUCACAUUAUAAUUAUUAUAUUAUAAUAAUAAUUACGAAGAAGGUGUUUUUAUUUUUAUUUUUUAAAAGAAAGAAAGUGGCAACCAAUCCAAUUAUAUACUCUCAACGAAUCUUCUCAGUUCUCCCCACUCCAUAAUUUUCUUUUGAUUCUCACUUCCUUUUCUCUAUUUGUGUCUAGUUUUCCUCCUGUUACUUUGGAUACGCUUACCAUUUCUUUUCCUUUCCUUUAUUAUCAUCAAUAGUACCAUGUGUGUUGAAGAUAUAGAACAGGUCAGCCAAGAAAUGGAGGACCUUGGUGAUGGCAGUACCAACAAAAAGCCUUGGCCUUUACUUUCUAGGGGUGAUUUCUUGAGUACCCAGAUGGAGAAUUGGGUUCACAAAGACUCUCCCUUUCCCCUGGCCGUGGUAGCUGGCAGCAAUAGACUGGAAAGUAUUUCUGAGGAAACAGUUGCCACAGACAAAAAACAUGACCUGUUGACAAAUUUUAUUCCCACUCUUCGGUCGGGAGAGUGGUCUGACAUUGGUGGUCGUCCUUAUAUGGAGGAUACUCAUGUAUGCAUUGCAGACUUGGCUAAGGAUUUUGGUCGAAAUUUAAUGAGUGAAGAUACUGUUUCCUUCUAUGGUGUUUUUGAUGGGCACGGGGGCAAGGAUGCAUCUCAAUUUGUCCGUGAUCAUUUGCCUAGAGUUAUUGUUGAGGAUGCUGAUUUUCCCUUAGAUAUAGAGAAAGCAGUCACCAGGUCAUUCAUGGAGACGGACGCUGCAUUUGCAAAGUCAUGCUCUCUCGAGUCUGCUCUGGCUUCUGGCACUACUGCUCUCACUGCUAUGAUAUUUGGGAGGUCAUUACUUGUUGCAAAUGCUGGGGAUUCUAGGGCUGUACUAUCACGGUGCGGAACAGCUAUAGAGAUGUCAAAGGAUCAUAGGCCCUGUUGCAUGAAAGAAAGGAGACGAAUUGAGUCUCUGGGUGGAUUCAUUGAUGAUGGUUAUCUUAACGGUCAACUAGGUGUCACUCGGGCAUUAGGCAAUUGGCACCUCGAAGGCAUGAAAGAAAUGGGCGAGAGAAUUGGACCCCUAAGUGCUGAACCAGAACUCAAAAUGAUAACAUUGACCAAGGAAGAUGAGUUUUUGAUCAUCGGGAGUGAUGGAAUAUGGGACGUUUUUACCAACCAAAAUGCCGUAGAUUUCACAAGGAGGCGACUCCAAGAGCACAAUGAUGUCAAGUUAUGCUGCAAAGAAAUGGUUGGUGAAGCAAUAAAACGAGGAGCAACAGACAAUUUAACAGUUGUUUUAGUGAGUUUCCACUUGGAGCCACCUCUCCCUUCUAUCAUACAACGGGCAAGAUUCAGGCGAAGCAUUUCUGCCGAAGGGCUUCAAAGUCUCAAAUGCCUCUUAGAAGGAUAAGUUCUAUAUGUCCGUUCAUCGUUCAAUACGCAGUUUACAAAAGAGAAAACUAGGUAUGAAUUAUGAUCUUCUUGUGCAUAUGCAUUCAUCAAGCAACCGAAACCCAAAAGAAUCGAAUUAUCGUUCAUAAUUUGAUAGAUUUUAGAUUCUAUUUCCCAGCUUCCUACUGAAGCUGUAGGAUAAUUCGAGGAACAGAAUUGAUUUGUAUAUCUGUGCACUGUUCGUUGUAAACAGAAACAAUUGUGUUAAAUAUAGACAUUUUGUAA